AUGUUAUUAACAUCUUUACUUUUAACUCCAAUAUUAGGUGUAGUUGCCAUUUUAGUAAAUAGAGAAAAUGGAAGCUCUUUAACAAACAUAAAAAUUAUAGCUCUAUCCACAUCUAUAUUAAAUUUCUUUAUCUCAUUAGUUAUAUUUAUUUUAUUCGAUUUUAGUACAAACCAAUUUCAAUUUGUACAAGAGUACCAUGAAAUAAGCUAUUUUGAUUUUUAUUUAGGGCUAGAUGGUUUAUCUAUUUAUUUUGUUUUAUUAACAACAAUAAUUAUUCCUAUUUCACUGUUAUCUAACUGA